AUGAUAAGCACCAAGCUUUUUAGAACCUCAUUUUGCUACUUUUAUGCUCUGAGAGUGGCCCACAUGUCCACACUUACUAAAGCCCCAUCAAAUAAUAACCACAUUAACUUAGGUCUUUUAUCCAAAACUUUUCUCUAUACAUCUGCUACUGCUCAUCAUAAAAUUAGUGAACAAAAACGACGCCAAAAAGCUGAGAAGAAGUUAAAAGUGAAGCAAGAAAAACAAGCUAAGCAGGACGAGUUGGCUAAGGAAAAUACAACAAUUAAAAGUGAAUCUACGAAAGAAGGAUUUGCUGGGGAUGAUGCAGAUAUUGAUCCUAAUGAAUAUUUGAAACUGCGUUUGGCUCAUGUGUCAUCAUUAAAAGCAGCUGGUCAGUCCCCAUACCCUCAUAAGUUUCAUGUGGAUAUCUCUCUAACUGAAUUCAUAGAAAAGUACAGUUCUCUGAAUGAUGGGGAGCACCAUGCCGAUGUUGUUAGUGUAGCUGGCAGAGUACAUGCCAAAAGAGAAUCUGGAGCCAAAUUGAUCUUUUAUGACUUGAGAGGGGAGGGUGUGAAGAUACAAGUCAUGGCUAAUGCAAAGCUAUAUGUUCCUGAAAGUGACUUUGAAAAAGUUUCAGACAAAAUUAAGAGAGGUGAUAUCAUUGGUUGCAAGGGCCAUCCAGGAAAAACGAAGAAAGGAGAGUUGAGCAUCAUACCUGAGCAGAUGGAACUGCUGUCUCCAUGCCUUCAUCAACUACCCAUGUUACAUUAUGGCUUGAAAGACAAAGAGACACGAUUUAGACAAAGGUACUUGGAUCUGAUCAUCAAUGAGAGUGUGAGGAAUAAGUUCAUUACAAGGUCACGCAUUGUUUCGUACAUUAGGAAAUUUUUUGAUGACCAGGGUUUCUUGGAGGUGGAAACUCCGAUGAUGAACUUGAUACCGGGUGGAGCUGCAGCCAAGCCCUUCAUAACUCACCACAAUGAACUCAACAUGGAUCUCUACAUGCGGAUUGCUCCUGAACUUUAUCUCAAGGCAAUUAGAGAUGGCAAUAAUAUUAUGUUAGUUGUUGGUGGGAUAGACAGAGUGUAUGAAGUCGGUCGGCAAUUUCGUAAUGAGGGUAUUGACCUGACACACAAUCCUGAAUUCACGACCUGCGAGUUCUAUAUGGCAUAUGCUGAUUACAACGACCUCAUGACCCUUACUGAGUCUCUACUGUCAGGUAUGGUCCGCAGCAUUUUAGGCACAUACAAAUUAGUGUUCCACCCAGAUGGGCCCGAUGGAGAAGAACUUGUGGCUGACUUCACACCUCCAUUCAAGAAGAUCGACAUGCUCACUGAAUUAGAAAGAGAGCUUGGUGUGAAGUUACCAUCUCCUGAACUAUUAGCAACUAAAGAGGCGAAUGACUUUCUGGACAAGAUUGCUUUGGAGAGGGGCGUCGAUUGCCCAGCACCAAGGACAACUACGAGACUUCUUGAUAAGCUUGUUGGUGAAUUUCUGGAAUCAAAAUGCAUCAAUCCAACUUUCAUCCUGAACCACCCUCAAAUUAUGAGCCCACUUGCUAAAUGGCACAGAAACAUAGCAGGACUGACAGAACGUUUUGAAUUGUUCGUCUGUCGUAAGGAGAUAUGCAAUGCCUAUACAGAACUGAAUGAUCCAGUCGUCCAGAGGGAGAGAUUUGAACAACAGGCCAAAGAUAAAGCAGCAGGUGAUGAUGAAGCAAUGUUUGUUGAUGAAACAUUUUGUACAUCCCUGGAGUAUGGAUUACCCCCAACUGGAGGCUGGGGAUUAGGGGUGGAUAGAGAUGUUCUGUAUUAUCAGAAACUUGAGUACUGUGUUGUUGAGAACAUUAAUGAUCACACGUCUGUUAUAUAA